AUUAACCAUCUGAAAUGGAAGAGCAAGUCCGACGUCUAGUCAACAAGACAUGGGAGAAAUUCCAAACCAUCCCUCGAUCUAGGAGGCUGCUGAUCGCCAUAUCUGGAAUCCCCGGUUCUGGCAAGACAACUCUCGCUGCCGUCGUUGCGAAGAAGCUGGAAGAUCUCCAUGAUCGCCAUUCCCCGGGGAUUACCAAUGGUGCCCCCUUGGCCGCCUUCAUUCCCAUGGAUGGCUAUCACCUAUCCAGAAGCCAGCUCGAUGCCCUGCCAGACCCCGUCACUGCGCAUGCUCGCCGAGGCGCCGCCUUCACCUUUGACGGGCAGUCGUUCCUUGCUCUCGUGAAGAAGCUCCGCGAGCCGCUAUGCACCGAGACGAAGACGCUCUACGCGCCGAGCUUCGAUCACUCGGUCAUGGACCCCGUUGCCGACGACAUUGCCAUUGCGCCUAGCGUCCGCAUCAUCAUUUUCGAAGGCAACUACCUGUCUCUGAACAAAUCCCCCUGGAACGAGGCGGCUGCGCUGAUGGAUGAGUUGUGGUUUGUGGAAGUCGAUUUCGCCGUUGCCAGGAAGAGGCUGGUGCACAGACACGUCAAGGCAGGCAUUGCAAAGGACGCCGAGGAAGCUGCCAGACGGGCGGAGGAGAAUGACCUCGUCAACGGGAGAGAGAUUGUUGAUGGGAGGUUAGAGGUGCAGGAGAUCAUCAUCAGCAAAGACGACGCUUCGUGGGCGCCGGAAGAGGCGAGCUCGGACUGAGUAGGCGGAUUUCGCGAAGCACGUAGUAGGUACGAUGGUGCUUUUCAGCGGCGCUGAGCAGUCUCAAAGAAUGAAUUUGACGAU